AUGAUUUACCAACAUGAUGGGGCCCCACCACAUUUCUUUAGAGCAGUGAGACAGCACUUGGACGAAACAUUUACUUGUUGGAUCGGUAGAGGAGGCACAAUUCCAUGGCCUCCAAGGUCUCCAGACCUAACUCCUAUGGAAUUUUUUGUUUGGGGUUACCUUAAAGAACGAGUCUACCAUCAGGAAGUCGAUUCUGAAGCAGAACUAAGGCAGAGAAUUCUUCAAGCAGCUAUUGAAAUGCGGAGAGUGGUGACAGCAGGAGUAACUGGGAGGAAAGUACGUGAGAGAGCACGUGCUUGUUUGAGGCAAAACGGUGGACACAUUGAACAGCUUUUACAAUAA